GAAAAAACUUUGCGUGAGCUGUGGACUCCAGAUAGAAUCUACAGCCAAAGCAGGCAUAUUAAAGAUUUCACACAUACGUUUGACCAGAUAAGAGUGAUCGAGCGAAACCUAGAAGUGAUCCACCUCAUCGACAGCCAAGUAGCUGCGGGAAGACCAAGAGCAUGUCACCUGCUGAGCGUACUCCUGCAACCCAAGCCGGGCCACCGGUGCGCACGGUUCUUUGCUUGUACACGGGGGGCACGAUUGGCAUGCGUAAAAAUCCGGAAACCAAUGUCGCGGAGCCGGUGCCGGGGUUUCUUUCGGACUGGGUGCAGAGUCUGCCUAUGUUUCACGAUGCGGAGUUUACGGCAGGCUUGGGACGAAAAUCUUCCAGCGCUUCUUCUUCGCCGGACCAGUCCAGCCCCUACCCUCGCAGCAAAAGCGUCUACAGGGCACCGGCCGUGAGAGGAACUACAAUCGGGAGUACAACUUCUAGCAGUGUAGUUCUCGGUGAUGGCAAUCGGAAAAAUGACCACGGCAGUGGUGCGGUACAGACUGCAACGAACGCCAGUGCAGCGAGGGAGAUGAAGAUGCAAAGAUUUUUGGAGGAGCAGCAGAAAGUCGCUGGUGGCUCGACUUCGGAAUCCCGAAUAAAUAAGGAACACGAAAAAGCUGCGCACGACGACGAGCCCGAGCAGCGGCGCAUGCCGCCUCGGGAGCUGAUUUCGCCCUCGGUAAAUUUUUUGUCGACAAACUUGGUCCAUCCGCCUAGUGCUCCACGGAGCCCGGGGAAGAUGAAGUUGUCCUCUGCCGGAGACGAACAAUUAGGGGACCGCGGUAAUAUAUCUUCAAUGCGACCACCGGGCGGGCAGCAGCCACACAGCUUGCCGUCCGCGGGUGGUGCUGCAGAUCAUGGCUCGCAGUUCGUUCCGCAUUCUGCGUCGCACGAGCAGGCCAGCGAAAAGCGGCGCAUUCACACGACGUUGGUAGAGUACAACCCCCUGCUGGAUAGCAGCAACUUCACGCACUUCAUCUGGCAGGAGCUGGCGGAAGACAUUUAUGAAAACUACGAGCACUUCGACGGCUUCGUGAUCCUGCACGGCACCGACACUAUGGCCUUCACCGCAACCGCGUUAGCGUUCUUCUUCGCUAUCAAAGGCAAUAGGGAAACACGCGUCACGCUGCUAGAUAGUAACUAUCGCUAAGUAGUAGACUGCUCACUACACGGAAUCCUUGGAAAAUUUCAGUCCUCGUAAAAACCAACUUGCGUUAUUCUUGUGUCCACUUUUUCAUCGCAGAAGGCAGUGGAGCGCCCGAUGCCGCGCAGGACAAUAAUUGAGGACACCAAUAAUACGUAUUCGCAGCGUGCUUUUGUCUUUGACAGAGGAAAGACUCAACAAGCCUGUGAUCUUCACCGGGUCUCAGAUCCCGAUGGAGGAGCAAAGGAACGACGGCCUGAUGAAUUUCAUCGGCGCACUGCAGCUCGCGGCCUUCUCGCGGAUCGGCGAAGUCAUGCUAUGCGCUGGAAGUACGAGUCAACGUCUCAGCUUUUCAGUACAAAUCCCUUGUGCGGUGGAAAUGCAGUGAAUUAGAGUUAGCUUUCUGUGGUCCUACUGAAGCUUUCUAUUUGAUGCUGUUAUGCAAUGCAGCACUUGAUUGCCAAGCCCGCACACGGCUGGAGGAGGUUGUUUCUUGUUCUUCGCUACAGAAUUCUACUAUGUACUUCCUGCUUGCGAUGCAUACCGCUUGUACUUUGACAAUGUGCUUUACCGCGGGUGCCGCACGACCAAAGUUCACACGUCCUCCCCCCGGGCUUUUGACUCGCCAAACUUGCGGCCGCUGUGUAUGGAAAGGAAAAGACGCCCCUCCCCAUAUCAAAACGGAGUUUCUGAUGCUGGAUUUGUGUACACAAAUCAGCUGUGUAUUGCUGGAAGGCAUUGCGGCCAGAUACCCAGCCUAGGUAGAGGCGUUUGGCUCUAGUUGUUCAGCAUGGCAAACGGCUCCGCUUUAGGCCCAACAGCAUGACAAAUCGCCUUGUCUUCUUGCAGCAUAAAUGUGAUUUGUGACCUCAAAUCAGCAGCACAAAUCUUCGGAAACAUGCCUUUUCAAUAUGGGGAGGGGGGAUUUUUCUUUACGAUGCUGUGUUUCGCGGGGAUUCGGUACGCGUUCACGUCGGCUCUGCAGACCGGCGCGAAGAACAGAACGUUUGGGCUGACGUACGAAAAUGGAAAAGUCGUUGCGGACCAACAAAAAAAGGAGGUGAACAGCACGACUUUAUUCAGUGCGGACCAACAAAGCGAGGAGGGUGGUGCGAAGAGAAGGCGGACCUCGGGGCGCGUGAGUUCUGUGGCGGUGGUCGAUCCGCCUCCUCCCGCUCCUUCUACCGAUGGUACUGCAAGUAGUACGGGAGCUGCGCCGGCGCAAGAACCGCAAGUCGUAUUGCCAACCGCCGGCGAAAAUGCCUUCCAUCAGCAAGACCUUCGCCUGCUGCCGCUGUUCGAGCCCCGGAUCAGCAUCCUGCGCAUCUUCCCGGGCCUGUUCACGACCACGGCCGAGCUGAUUCACGGACUGAAAGGACUGGUGCUGCAGACUUUUGGGGAGGGGAACGCGCCCAACAACCAGCCGUACCUGCUGAACACGCUGCGGGACGCCAUCGAAAAGGAGCAGAUCGUCGUGGUGAACGUGACCCAGUGCCUCAAGGGCGGCACGCCGGCCGGAAGUUACGCCACCGGGGCGGCGCUGACCAACAUCGGGGUGUUGCCUGCCUACGAUAUGACGCCCGAGGCGGCGCUGGUGAAGUUGGGGUGGCUACUCGGCCUGUACCCGGAGCUCGAGGACCGGAAAAAGGAUAUGCAGUGGGCAAACCAGAACACAACGCGGGGAUCGACUGCACUUAGACAUUUAUGGCAAAGUAUGCAUGUUUUUCAGGCGCGGAGUAGAGGCGUAUGUGCAUGAAGAUGUGGCCACGUGUGUGAGGUAUGACCGAUUUUCACCUGCUCGAGCGCUGCAUCGGGCAAAGCAGAUCUGGAAGUUUAGCAAUUUUACUUUUUCGCCGGUUGUAGUCGUACUCGCAGUUCCUGUUCGUGUUGUCCUUUCCAUAUGCGUCAAGCAGCUCUUUCAGGAAGAUUUGCGUGGAGAACUCACGCAGGUCUGGCAAACGAAUGGACACCGAAACAGCCAUGUUGGCGGGGCGAAGUUGUGACACUGGGGUGAUGCAGCUGGGGGGAUGAUUGAAAAGAGAGUUUGUGUACAUAGGGACAUGUUGUAUGUAGUGAGGUCACGAACGUUCUAAUCUAGCGAUCUUUUUGCCAGUCAUUACGCAAAACGACCGGCAGUUUUCAAGCGGCCGGAAGUGUUUUUGGGCAUAAAAAAUUUCCAAUUAUCAAGCGGGCGGGGCUUUGCCGGCAAACAAGCCCGGUCGAAAACUAUCGAUCCCCGCUUGAUAAAACGACGCAGGGGAGCCGGCAAAAGGGG